AAGGCAACUUCCGGCAGUAGAGGCGGCGGCGGUUGGGACGGGUGCCGUGUCAGAACGGUCCCACCUUUCGUUAUGGCGGGCGACGGCGGCGCCUACCGGCUUCGCUGCUCCCUGCUGGGCCACGAACAAGACGUGCGGGGCAUAACGCGAGGUUUCUUCCCCGAGGGCGGCUUCGUGUCCGUAUCUCGGGACCGGACUGCCCGGCUCUGGACGCCCGACGGUCUUAACAGGGGAUUUACUGAAAUGCACUGUAUGCGUGGCCACUCAAAUUUUGUAUCUUGUGUGUGCAUCAUACCUCCAAGUGACCUCUAUCCUCGUGGGCUGAUUGCAACUGGUGGCAAUGAUCAUAAUAUUUGCAUUUUCACAGUAGACAACACAGCUCCUCUUUACGUCCUUAAGAGUCAUAAGAAUACAGUUUGCAGCCUUUCUUCUGGGAAAUUUGGCACACUAUUAAGUGGAUCAUGGGAUACAACUGCCAAAGUCUGGUUGAAUGACAGAUGUAUGAUGACAUUACAGGGUCACACAGCUGCAAUAUGGGCAGUAAAAAUACUGCCUGAACAGGGAUUAAUGUUGACGGGUUCAGCUGACAAAACUAUUAAACUGUGGAAGGCAGGCAGAUGUGAAAGAACUUUUACUGGACAUGAAGAUUGUGUAAGAGGUUUAGCUAUUCUCAGUGAAAUGGAAUUCCUUUCGUGCUCUAAUGAUGCUAGUGUUCGAAGAUGGCAUAUCUCUGGCGAGUGUCUGCACGUAUAUUAUGGACAUACAAACUAUAUAUACAGCGUAUCUGCCUUCCCUCACUGUGAAGAUUUUGUAACUACUGGAGAAGAUAGAUCUCUUAGAAUCUGGAAGCAAGGGGAAUGCAUUCAAACAAUCAGACUCCCAGCUCAGUCUGUGUGGUGCUGCUGUGUGUUAGACAAUGAUGACAUUGUAGUUGGUGCAAGUGAUGGAAUCAUAAGGGUAUUUACGAAGUCUUUGGAAAGAACAGCAAGUGCUGAAGAGAUACAGGCCUUCGAGAAUGAGCUUUCCCAAACAUCCAUUGACCCUAAAACUGGUGAUUUAGGAGAUAUUAAUGCUGAUGAUCUUCCUGGAAGAGAACACCUUAAGGAUCCUGGAACAAGAGAUGGACAGACACGGCUGAUUAAAGAUAAUGGGAAAGUUGAAGCAUAUCAGUGGAGUGUUAGUGAAGGAAGAUGGAUAAAGAUUGGUGAUGUUGUUGGCUCUUCAGGAGGCACACAACAAACAUCUGGAAAGGUUUUAUUUGAAGGAAAAGAAUAUGACUAUGUUUUCACUGUUGAUGUAAAUGAAAGUGGUCCUUCCUACAAACUGCCAUAUAACAUUUCUGAUGAUCCUUGGCUGGCUGCAUAUAACUUCCUGCAAAAGAAUGAUCUAAAUCCAAUGUUUCUGGAUCAGGUGGCCAAAUUUAUUAUAGACAACACUAAGGGGCAAGCACCGUUGAAUACAAAUACUGAAUUUUCAGACCCGUUUACAGGUGCUGGGCGUUAUGUUCCAGGCUCUACAUCUCUGUCAAAUGCAGCCCCUGCAGCAGAUCCAUUUACAGGUGCUGGUCGCUAUGUUCCUGGUUCAGCAUCAAAUGCUGCAGAGGGUGGGCAUGAUCCAUACACAGGAAUGGGUGCCUACCAAUCAGCUGAAGCUGAAAACAUUUAUUUUCCUAAGAAGGAUGCUGUCACCUUCGACCAGGCCAAUCCUACACAGAUUUUGGGUAAACUAAAGGAACUUAAUAGCAAUGCUGCUGAAGAACAAAAACUUACAGAAGAUGACUUGAUAAUCCUAGAAAAGUUACUGUCUGCAACAUGCAAUACCUCUGCAGAAAUGCCUACAGCACAACAAAUGCAAACUUUAUGGAAAGCGAUUAACUGGCCGGAAGAUAUUGUCUUCCCAGCCCUUGACAUUCUUAGAUUGUCUGUCAGGCAUCCCAUUGUGAAUGAGAACUUCUGUGGUGAAGAGGCUCACGUGCAAUUUAUCCAUCUCCUUCUCAAAUUUUUGAACCCUCAAGGAAAGCCAGCAAACCAGCUGUUGGCACUUAGAGCUCUUUGCAAUUGCUUUGUCAGCCAAGCAGGCCAGAAGCUCCUGAUGGAACAGAGGGAUGAAAUAAUGACACAAGCAGUAGAAGUGAAAUCAGGCAAUAAUAAGAAUGUCCACAUUGCACUUGCAACACUGACAUUGAACUAUGCUGUAUGUUUACAUAAAGUGAACAACAUUGAGGGCAAAGCUCAAUGUUUAUCAGUUAUCAGCACAGUUAUGGAAGUUGUUAAAGAUCUUGAAGCUGUUUUUAGACUCCUUGUGGCUCUGGGAACACUAAUCAGUGAUGAUAAAAAUGCUGUGCAAUUAGCUAAGUCUCUUGGAGUUGACUCUCAAAUAAAGAAGUAUGUGUCUGUGUCAGAACCAGCUAAAGUAAAGGAAUGCUGUAGGUUUGUUCUUAAUCUGUUGUAAUUGUUUUACUUAGCACUUGAGCAACACACCGUAUACAGAAGAACGUAUGCUUUUGUUCAUAUUUUGUGACAGAAUAUAAUGGAGAAAAUACUGUGGAUGACUUAAACUUGAUUUAUUGUGAAGUACGGAGCAAAUAAAACUUUUCACUCUC